AUGCUAGAAUCUGGGCCGGAGUGUCGGGGGGAUGCUGACGUGGCGUUGAGACAAGCGAGGGAUCCUGAUGUGCUGGCAGAUGGGGGGACAGAAGCUGACGUGGUGGUUGACGCAGUGGAGUAUGACUAUAUCGAGGAUGAAAGUCAAGCUACGGAUCAGGGACUCGUUAUAAGUCAGAGCAUGCGGACAGUUGAGGAGACGGACGAGCUGAAGCGGCUGGAAGGGCAAGAAGAGAGACGAAAUGAUCUGAUAGAGCGUGCAGCUCCAGCGCAGGAGCAGGCCCAAUCCCAGCACCUGCAAGGGCGCGAGCAGGACGUGUACGAUAGUGAGCUUAUAGCGGAUCACGUGUCUAAGCUUGUAGCGGAGCAAGCACUAGUUGAGCAGGGGGGGGAAGAGGGGCAGGGGCGGAAUGAGCAGACGGCUGGGCAAGGAAAGGAGGUCGAGCUUAGACAGGUCGAAGGGGAGGGGCAGGGGGAGGGGAGGAGUGAGGAAGAAGAGGCGGCGGACAGGGGAAAGAGAAUGGAUGGACAAGAGGGAAAGGAAGGAGGAGAGGAAAUGGAGGCGGGAGGGGCAAUGGAGAGGGGAGGGGAAAUGGAGAGGGGAGGGGAAAUGGAGAGGGGAGGGGAAAUGGAGAGCGGAGGGGGAAUAGAGGGGGAAGAGGGGCCGGAUAUCGAAUUGGAGCUAGUGAUGGGGGACGCUGAGCUGGACGAUGAGGAGAUAUUUGUCGGACAGCUGGCUGCUGACGUGGCGGAUGUCCGUGCACCAGAUGGCCACGUGGCACGAGCCCACUGGCAAGCCCUGCGUGAGGAUCUAUCCGCGCCACAGUAUGGUGCAGAGUUAUGGAACCUGUGGGAAUGGAAGCAGGCAGUGCAGGGGAGGCUGUGCGUGGCGGCUGCAUAG